UCCCUCCAGUUUAGAUGAAAUACCAGUGGUCCCAUUUUCCUUAAAAUCCAACUGGCUGAUUGGCCCCUGAGAAGCAAACCCAACAUUCCAGCUCUUCCUCCGCCAGCUGUGGUGUUUUUCUCACCUGGAGCUGCCCACUCGGCUCGCGCUGCCUGCGUCCCACCCGACCGCUGAUCCGUAGCCGUUGCACUGCGGAGCGGAAUCAUGUUUGCAUCCGCCGCAGUCGCCGCCGCCUUGCUGUGCUGCUGUUUCUCACUCCAUCCGGCGUUUGGAGAGGAAUGUGCCAGCAGACAGGAAGUCCAGGGCUCUCUGAAGCAGGUCCUCAAGUUUCUCUCAGCCCACGAAGCGUCUUAUUUGCAGAACCUGCGGAACCUGAAGAAGAAAAUAAACCAGCUGCAGAGCAGCGCAGCGAAGCAAACGGCCAAAGCCAUGAACAGCACGUGCGCAAAGCUGGACGCGCCCGCGAACGGCAGGAAACUGGGCCGGUCGCACGGCCUGGGCCACGAGGUCCACUUCGUGUGCGACCGCGGCUUCGAGCUGGUGGGACCGGAGAGCAGGCUCUGUCAGGAGAGCCUGACGUGGAGCGGCCAGCAGCCCGUGUGCCAAGACGUCAACGAGUGCGCGUCCUCUCCGUGCCUCAACGGGGGAACGUGCGUGGACGAGGUGAAUCAGUUCUCCUGCGCGUGCGCCAGAGGCUGGGCUGGAGCUACCUGUCAGAGCCCGGUGCCAACGUUCUUCGUCACCAGGACCAACGCCUCCUCGGUCAUGGCCGCCGCCGCCACCCUGCCGGCUGCCACCACCGGGCCCUCUGUGCGCCCGUCACGCUGCACCAUCGUGCAGGGCACCACCCACUGCACCUGUGAGCCGGGAUACACCAUCUCCGGCAGGGAGAGCAACACAUGCGUCGACAUAGAUGAAUGUGAGGUGUUCCACAACGGCCCGGCAGGGAGGCUGUGUUUGCACACAUGCGUAAACACCCCUGGAGGCUACCGCUGCUCCUGUCCCGCUGGGUACGACGUGACCCGCGAUGGACGCAGCUGUAAAGACAUCGAUGAGUGCGCCACCAGACAGAACGACUGCACCAAGGACCAAAUGUGCAUUAAUACCUAUGGAGGAUUUCAGUGUGUCCAGGUUGAAUGCCCCAAAAUCCCCCACGCCACAUACGUCAAGACGUCGCCCAUGCGCUGUGAACGUAACCCCUGUCCCGUGGACAACAAGUCCUGCUCUCAAACCCCCAACUCCUUCUCCUACCACUACCUGUCCGUCGUGUCCAACCUGUCGGCUCCUCGGGUCAUGUUCCGGGUGUCGGCGCUGCGUCCGGUGGGCGACACGCUGCGCUUCGCCCUGCUGGGGGGCCGGCUGGCGCGGCGCCACUUCACCGUCCAGCGGUCGGACCGGCUGACGGGUCAGCUGAUGCUGGUGAGCCCGGUGCAGGGUCCUGUCACGCUGGAGGCGGAUGUGGAGAUGAGCGAGCUGGAGAAGCGGGCCCAGCUGGGCAGGUACAUCACCAAAGUCACCAUGUUUGUUUCCCAGUAUGACUUCUAGAAACGGAACCCAGCAGAACUGGCCAAGCUGGUUUGGGUUUAGCUGAGCAUGUGGGAUGUUAUGAUGUGCAGACACCUGUACUGUUGCUAAAGAUGUUGUCAGCCAGGCUUCAGUCCUGCUGAAGCAGCACAGUUACCAGCAACAAAUGUUUAAGGUGCAACGGCUAUGAGAUUUGGAAAAACAGUGUGGUCUGAACAAGAGCUGAAGGUUUUACAGAUAACCAAAACAUAUUUAUUGAAGAAGUGAGGGAAGUCUGAAGUGAGGGCGAUAUAGAACGAUAAAAAGCUAAAUAUGUAACACAAAAUUUAACUGAAGGACACAAGUGACAUGAUGUCAAGUCCACUUUGGAGGUGUGACCUUUUA